UUCACUCCCAUUCAAAUGUAGAGUAGCAUCCUCCAACAUAUUAGGACGCAAGAUCCAUUCGUGCCUCAGAAAGAAUGGCUGAAGACAAAGUGGAGCUUCACAACAUGGAGAAAGCUCUGAUGGAUAAGAUGGGACAACAUGAGGUGAGACAGCCAAACCUGUUUGAGCGGCUCUUUCAGCCGUGUGUAGCCGAGCUGGUGGGAACCGCUUUCUUUGUGUUCAUCGGAUGUGUGUCCGUCAUUGAGAACGUGGCGGACGCCGGCAGACUCCAGCCUGCGCUGGCUCACGGACUCGCAGUGGCGGUGCUGAUUGCAUGUAUGGCAGAGAUCAGUGGUUCACAUUUCAAUCCAUCAUUCACCAUAGCCGUCUACCUCUGUGGUGGAAUGGAGCUGAAAAUGGUGGCGCCGUACCUGAUCUCUCAGCUUACUGGAGGUUUACUUGGUGCAGUCAUGGCCAAUGGAAUGACCUCGAAUGAGAAAUAUGCACGAGCUCAAGGUGCGGCAUUUACGGUUCUCCAGGCUGAUGACCAUGUUUUGAAGCCGUUAUUUGGAGAAAUUGCCAUGACGUGUCUUGUUACCAUGGUGGUCUUACUGGGUGCAGUUAAUGCCAAGAGCAAAAGUCCUUUAGUCCCAUUUUUGGUGGGCUGCACAGUCAUUAUUAAUGUACUAGCGGGCGGUGAUGUGUCUGGUACGUGCUUGAAUCCUGCAAGAGCUCUGGGUCCUGCAGUGCUGACCAACUAUUGGACUCACCACUGGGUUUACUGGGUGGGACCCAUUACUGGUGGCCUUAUUGCUGCUGCAUUAGUCAGAAUUUUGCUCGGAGACAACAACACCCGUCUACUGAUGAAGUAACAUUCAGUACAUCUUUCAAACAGGCUUUGGAUUUUUAUUUUCUUAAUUCUCUGUCUGAGUGCACAAGAAUUGAACUUAUUCUAAUGAUUUGCCCAUCAUUUACAUCUCAUUUAAUUCAAUAAAAAUGUAAGAGAGUUUGUAAAUCCUGCUGUGAAGCUGGAAAUAUGGGGAAAGGAUGCUCUGGUGAAUAUUAAUAUUUAGAAUUUUAUAUUUUAAAUUAGGAAAUUUAAAAAAAUGGAAAAUGUUGUCUAAAGCAGUGUUAAUUCUAAUCUAAUCAAAUACAUUAUAUUCACACUUUAAUGCAUACAAUCACAGUAUUCUAUUAUUUUAUGUUCAUUCAUGC